AUGAAGGAUGAAGAGGAGGAGAAGAAGUCAAGUUGCAGUACUCACAAACGGAUAGGUGAGGUGGCAGGUGGGACCACAGCGGAGUGUGCGAUGGUAUGUUGUUGUUGUCCAUGUACGUUGAUGCAUUUAUUAGUACUUGCUGUUUACAAAGUUCCUACGGGAUUUUGCCGGAAAAUAUGGAGAAAGAAGAAACGAGAGAGGCUUUUGAAGAAGAGGAAGAAAGAUGAGGACACGUGGAAGAACAACAAGGAUGGUGAUGAUCAUGACGUGGAGGAGUUUGACGGUGGAGAUGACGGCGAUUAUAACGGAGUAAGAGAAGUUGCCAAUUUUGAAACGGAGAUGUGGGACCGGUUUUAUGGUGCUGGGUUUUGGAGGACCCAGUCUCAAAGAGAGGAGGAUUGA